CCCAUCAGCUUUGAAGUCACUAUUGGUAACUAUGGUAACCAGAUUGAUGGAGUGAGCAAGCCUGCAUCAGCAAAGAAGAAGAAAGAGGAUGGAGGGGAGAGUGAAGAAGAGGAGUCUGAGCUCAUCCACAACUCCAGCGAUGAAGGGGCAGAGGAUGAUGGAGAUUUGACGUCUGUGCCGUCCACCCCUCCUAUGAAACCGGUUAUUACUGACAGAAAUUACUUCCACUUGCCUUACUUUGAAAAGAAACCCUGCAUUUACAUCAAGAGCUGGUGGCAAGACCAGAGGAGACGGCUCUACAACUCCAAUAUAAUGGACAAGCUAGCAGAUAAACUAGAGGAAGGUCUGAAUGACGUUCAAGAAAUCAUAAAAACAGAGAAGGCUUAUCCAGAACGCAGACUUAGAGGUGUAUUAGAAGAGCUCAGCACAAAUUGCAGUCGAUUUGUUACACUGGCAAACAAAGAUCAGAAUCUAUCCGGAAGAACCAAGCUGGACAAAGAGAGGCUGAAGACCUGUAUGAGAGAGAUGGAGAGUAUGGCUCAGCAGACGAAGACUAUUCGCUCACAAGUGAAGAGAAACACGGUUCGAGACAAACUCAAGCUAGUAUUCAAUUUCCUUCACAGACUUCGUUUCCUGGCAGAUGAGCCCCAGCACAGCAUCCCUGAUGUGUUCAUAUGGAUGAUUAGCAACAACAAACGCAUAGCGUAUGCCCGCAUACCCUCAAAAGACAUCCUCUACUCAAUUGUUGGCGAAGAGAUGGGAAAAGACUGUGGGAAAGUUAAAGCUGUUUUUCUCAGGCUGCCCGGAAAGAAAGGCUUUGGGCCUGCUGGCUGGACAGUUCAGGCUAAACUAGAGAUGUAUUUGUGGCUGGGGUUGAACAAACAGAGGAAAGACUUCCUGAGUGGCCUCCCUAGCGGCUUCGAAGAAAACAAGGCAACGAAAGGAACAGGCAUACAAGCUGUUCCUCCCAUUAGCCUGGUUUAUAACAUGAAGCAGGUGUUUCAGCUGAGGGCCCACAUGUAUCAGGCUCGCAGUCUGUUUGCUGCUGACAGUAGUGGCCUGUCUGACCCUUUUGCAAGGGUUUUCUUCUCCACCCACAGCCAGGUGACAGAGGUCCUCAAUGAGACUCUCUGUCCUACAUGGGAUCAGUUGCUUGUGUUUGAUAAUGUUGAACUCUUUGGCGAUGCUGGUGAACUCCGUGACGACCCUCCAAUUAUUGUUAUCGAACUGUAUGACCAAGACACUGUG